UACCAGAUGGGGGCGGGAGUUUUAAAUUCCCGGUCGUUGAGCCGCUGUUUUUAGUUGUUCGAGUUGAGCAACGACCGGUUUGUUGAACAUGUUUUCGCUAAAUUAGCAGAGAAGACAUAUUGAUGUGUCUGUUUAUUUUUUUGUCUUAUUUUGAUCGACGUUUUAAAUGUAGGUUUUAAUCGUACAGCUCGUGGCUGCCUAACGCACUUCUACCAAUAACGGGUAGGUUGCUAGCGUGCUAGUUGUGUGUGGAAUCAGAUGUAUCUAUCGUAACACACGGUUAUCAAACAGUGGUCAGCAAUGGAGGUUGGGACAGUUGUGAAGGAUGAUAUGAAAUUUCGAGGAUCUGAAUUUGCUGUCAAGGUGGAACUGGCAGAGCGGUUGCUGAUUGUGGAGAUUUCAGAUGUUGUUACGGCAGACCAGUGGAGAGGAGAGUUUGAUCCUGCUUAUAUUGAAGACUUGACCCGGAAAACUGGGAAUUUUAAACAGUUUCCCGUGUUCUGCAGCAUGCUGGAGUCUGCAGUCAACAAGUCUAGUGAAUCAGUGACCCUAGACCUAUUGACUUAUUCAGACCUAGAGCUUCUCCGAAACCGAAAGGCCGGUGUCGUCGGGCGACCUCGUGCUCAGCCACAGUCCCCUGCUCUUAGUGCAAAGCGAUACCUCAUCCUCAUCUACACUGUGGAGUUCGACAGGAUACACUAUCCUCUUCCGCUUCCAUUUCUUGGAAAACCUGAUCCAGCGGAGCUGCAGAAGGAGAUCAGAGCUCUGAGAGCUGAGCUCAAAGCAUUCGGAUUAAAAGGGGAACACAAAGUAUCGGACCAAGAAACACGGAGGCUACGCGCUGAACUGGCUUUGGUGAGAGAUGAAAAGGAGGCCUUGGCCAAGGCUCUGGACCGUCUACAGAUGGUAGGGGUCGGUUCUACUCCCGGGGCUCGUGUGCUCAGAGAUGCCGUGCGCAACUUGGAGGAACAGCUGCUGAAGGAGAGGGCAAAAAAUCAACGCUCGGCAAGCAAGAGGAGCCAGGAACAGCGCAUCCUGCUGGAACAGUUGGAAGAACUCAAAGCAUCAGAACGGGCUCUUCGGAUUCGUGUUAAAAGUCUAACCACUGAGUUGGCUUUGUUACGGCGUGGGCGGGCGACUCCAGUCAUGUCUAAUCGAAGUGGGCUCAGAAGCGAUGGGGAGGUUCAUCGUUCUUUGUCAAGAGAGCGCAGUUUGACCUGUGUAAGGGCACGUUCGGGCUCAAGAGAGAGGAUGGAGGACAGGGCCAAAAGGUCAGAGGAGAGAGUUAGGAGAGCAGAUUCCUCAGGGUCUCGAAACUGCAUCCCCAGACCCUCACCAUCUCCCACAGGGUCACGUGCACCUCGGUUUGACCCUACAUCAUACAUUCAUGACAGACAACGGCGCCAAAAAGAAGCAGAGCUGAAAAAUCAGAGGAAGAUGAGAAGGGACAUGUUGACUUCACCAUCUCUGAUGGAAAGAGGACGUUCACGGUCCAGAGAGCCCGUUCCUCAGCUGAUGAGAGAAAGAAGUGCUGGCAGGGGAAGGAGCGUAUCUGUGGAGAGCAGGAGAAGUCGAUGCUCUUCUGAAGGAUCUGUAGCCGAGUUUGAAGAGCUUGCUAAGCCUCUAAAUAGCAGAGGAAGAAAACUGGGGUUUAAUGGGCCAGCUGUGACCAGAGGAAGACACUUAAACAAAAAACCAAUGUGUAGCACUCCUGCACAAAGAAUGAGAGCAGCAGACACAUCUAUUGACACAGGUGCUGAUCUGUCAGAGAUUGAUGCUCGACUCCAGGCCCUACAGGACUAUAUGCGGGACCUUGACACAGGGCACUAAUUUUUCCAUUGGAUAAAGAUGUCCAUCUAGGAAUUUUGCACAAGCUAUCACUGUGACUGAGUAACAUGGACAAUCAUUACAACACAAUUCAAACGCUGUGUACAGAUGUACCUGUAACAUGAAGCCAUCAAAUCAGAGAGACUAAGCUCUAAUGCCAAUUGCUUUAUUAAUCUAUAAUGUAUGAAUUGGACCAGACGUACAACAUGCAAUUGAGGAGGGAGUGCUUUCGACUGUUGCCAUAUUAGACUUGAAGCAAACCAGAAGUGUCCAAAAGCAUGACCUCAGGAUAUACUGUUUGUGUUUGUUUGUUAUUUGUUUUUAUAUACAUUCCUGUGUAUAUUUUAUGAAAUAGUGUAUAUUGAUUGUCACUGUGUGUGUUUUUUUUUUAACAUUAUUAGUGUGUGUUUGUCUGUUUUAGAUGAUCCUUCAUUUUUAAGUUGUUUUGUUGAAAUUCUGAAAAACAAGGUUUUAUAUAUAAAUUAAGUUUGCUCUUUA